UAUACCCCGUGCACGCGCGUACAUCGCCACCGUGAUGGCGGAGCUACCUCAGCCCGACAUGUCACACCUCACCCCCGAGGAGAGGCGCAUCAUAGAGGGUGUUUUAAUGCGCCAAAAGGAGGAGGAGGAGCAGGAUCAUGAGAUUAUGAGACGAAAGCAGGAUGAGGUGCAGAUCCUCGAAGAAACGAUACGGAUGCGUUCGGAGAAACACAAAAAGGCCGGGGUUGAGCUGAACGCCACGUGUCACAUAUGCCUGAAAACCAAGUUUGCCGACGGCGUCGGCCACAUCUGCAACUACUGCGACAUCCGAUGCUGCGCACGCUGCGGCGGAAAGGUCACUUUACGGUCAAGCAAGGUGAUAUGGGUGUGCAUACUUUGCCGGAAGAAGCAGGAACUUCUUUCGAAGACCGGUCAAUGGAUGGCGAAGACGGGCCUCGGCGCCGUGGACAGCGCGUUGCUGCGGCAAAUGCAGGAGGACUUGCAGGUGGGUGGUCGUCAGGGACUCGCGGACCAAACUCGGGAUAAAAGACCGAAACUCGAGAGGGCGCACAGCGCGGCUGAGAAAGAGAAUUUGCCGUUAUUACAGAGAAGCGGAAACUGUCCUCUCAGGAGACAGUACUCCCAGCAAGAGCAGAUCUCGGGUCGCCGGAUGUCCACGAGUGACAGUGGGGUGGAAAUGUCCGUUUCGCCACACGCGAGAACUCUACCGACGCCUCACGUGGUUAGUUCUUACCCGGUGCAACAAACUCCGAGGCAUCCCGCAGCCUAUCCCGACGACGAUCCCAAUUUAUACCGAGGCGAACUCGACGGUCUGAUGAGACAACAUCCGCCGAACUAUCAGAGGCAACGGUCAACUUAUCAGGAUUCGAGUGCAGAUCUCGGGAUGACUUACGGUCAGACACCGAUGGAAACUGGCUCCGUUCGUACGACAGUGCAUCCCUCUCAGCAGCAUUCGUUGCACCAGACACAGGGCGUACAUCCUGUUCAACCUACGUCAACAGUGGGUGUCUCGCAACAAAGAAGUUUCAGUAGCAGUGAGGAAGAGCGAAGCACACCGGAGUGCGCCAGCGACGAGCCGGACGAGUCGGAGAAGGGGAAGGGGUACUACCACCACGCGGGAGGUCCGAAAUCGAUGUCCAGUGGUGGGCGUAGGCACAACGGAUCCCACAAUGGGCACCACGGGUCGGGCGCGGGCAUGACGGCCGCGGAGCAUAACGGCCACCAUCCACCGCGUGAGCCGCGAAAGGAAGAGAGCACUCUCGUCAGACGGAGCUUCCGAAGGUGCGGCGACGAGUGGCGCGCCGACAGUAGGAGGUUCACGGAGAAAAGGGAGAAAAAGACAGUGCGUUUUGACGGUGGGACCAAUGUCGGCGGCCCUCAGGAAGAGGAAUGGUCUUGGGAGGCCGAUCGGCAGGGUAGCCAAGACAGCGCGACCAAAGACUCCGGGAUAGACACUUCUAGCACCUUCACGAGCAGUGAAGACAGCAACAGGGGCGAUCUGCCCAAGCAUCCAUCCUGGCAAGUGAGCGAGGACGGUCAGAAGAUCAUCGGCCACAUGAUUUUACGAAAAUCAGCUGGCACCGGAAGCUGUAGUAGUAUACUCGGACUAAAAGUUGUCGGUGGCAAGCUAUUGGAAGAUGGUUCCAUGGGCGCUCUGAUCGAGAAGGUGAAAAAGGGUAGCACAGCGGAUGUAGAAGGUCACCUUAGACCCGGUGACGAGGUGAUUGCGUGGAAUGGGAGGUCCCUUCAAGGCAAGAGCUUCCGGGAGGUUUACGACAUCAUCGCCGAGUCGAGGUUGGAGCCGCAGAUUGAGCUCGUAGUUGAGAGAAAGUUGUCGUCGACAACAACGGGCAUGGCAGGACUUGCAGGACCGGGCCCGUCAACGCCCAUGGCAUCCAGGAGAAUCGUCGCCCAGAGCCAGUGGAGACAGAAACACGAGACUAUCUCCGGGCCUCCGACACCGCAUCACAAAGAAUUGUACGACGCGAGGCGUGAGAAACCGUCGGUUUUAGUGACGUCGCCGGGCUCGCCGGACCUGCACGCCCAAGGACGCGGUCGACACUCCCGACAUCCGACCGGAAAUGCGAACGUGGGCGGUAGUAUCCAGGUGAAGCUGGGCUACGAUCUCGUGGGACUUCAGCUGAUCGUCACGAUAAUAUGCGCCUCGGGACUCACGCCAAAAAGCAACGGCCAACCUAGAAAUCCUUACGCCAAAGUUUUUCUGUUACCUGACAAAAGCGAAAAAUCGAAACGACGUACGAAGACUGUGGCGAACACGAACGACCCCAGAUGGAAUCAGACCUUCGUCUACAAUGGAGUUAGACGUUCGGAGCUGAAGAAGAGAGCAUUGGAGAUUACAGUCUGGGACUACGCUAGGUACGAGGCAAACGAUUUCCUUGGCGAGACUGUCCUGGAAUUGGCAGUAUGUCUCUUGGACGAGGAACCAGAAUGGCAUUCUCUGACCGCUCACGGAGAACACCGGCACGUCAGGCAUUAUCAAGAUUCCGAGGAUAUGAUAGAUUGUCAUCUUAGUCCACCGUCGACCACCUCGAGAUUAAGUGACUCCGACACCUCGGAGUGCGACAUUACGGAUUAUGAUGUGUCGAGGGAACAAAGAAGAACAGCUGACGGUGCCAGCAUAAGUAGUAUCGGCAGUUCUUCUAGGUUUCAUAAUAUGCCGUCAAAUUAUAAGCGCCACUAUUCUAGCCCGCCGCCGGAGAGGGAACUCUACAUCGAUGGCGAGCAUCGGAGUCGAAGAGAUAUGUCGCCUCAGGGACGCAAAAGGGCAGCCCUAAUGAUUUCUCGUGACCAACCUGCUUCUAUCUCGAGUUACCAGACAUAUCGUAAGGACGAGUUCCAUCGAGGAAUGAUGGGUCACAGGUCGCACAGCGCGGCACCUAUGGACUCUCCGAGUGUCAGAUACCGAGGAAGGUCUCAGAGUCCCACCGGUCAUCGUUCCUUGUCUCCACCCGAGCAUAGAUCCUUUCCCUACUCGCACGGCGGAUAUGUUCAUACGACAAGAUUCGGCUCGAGAUCGGCGACCGCCACGCCCACUGGAUCGCCGAAGAAGCGUCAGUUACCUCAAAUUCCGGCAGCUUUGAAGGAAAGAGUCGCGCAAGAUUUUGAAGAACGAGCAAGAUUCAUGAGACAUCGCAACAGACAGUCGAUAUACAGAAGCACGGGUAUGGGAGGUUGGGAAAAGCAUUACAGUGGUCUUUCGGAUUCGGAUCUUCCUUCAAUCGGACGUGAUCCACUAACGCUAUCACAUAGUCAUGCUCACAGAAUGCACAGGUCGAGGAGGGGGCAUUUAAGCCCCGACAAAGAUGUACUCGGCGGAGAUCUUGGAGAUUCUGACAUGGAAAGCAUAGCUUCGGUAACGAGCAGUGCCUUUAGUACGCAAUCGGAACGACCACGUGGAUCGAGACUAAUGCCAGGGGCCGUCGGUCUGCUAUCGCGCCGGGCCAAGAGUUUCGAGUACGAGAGCAUUUCGAGCAACAUAUUCAGCGACGACAGUCUCAGGACGGCCAGGAAAAAGCUCAAGCGGAAUCUCUCUCUCAGCGACGCCGGGUACGGUGACAAGAUACCGGCGCUGGACGAUCAGAGCAAGUCCUACUACGAUUCUAACGGUGACGAUAAAGUGCCUACGAGUCUCACGAGCAAAGAGACGAAUUACGAUUUUCUGCUCGAUCGAGACGAUCACAAGUCGUUUUAUGGAUAUGACUCGGAGCUCAGCUGCGGCGAGACGGAGAUUUACGUUCCAAGUUUCGACAAGCAGAACAUCGAGACCGAUGAUUAUCAAGUCUCGUACAGUUCCCGUUUAACGGGCGAUAAUGAUCUCUUCAGCGACAACGACCGUGCUAAUCUCAGGAAUAUUCGGGACAAGGAUGAUACUAGCAAGAGAAAAUAUAUAGACGAAAGUUAUUUGAAUCACGACUCCUCGUACAUUAGAGAUAUAUCCUCGGGUACAAGAACCAAGAACGUAGAUAGUGACCUUCGUACAUCGAUCGACGAUAUCUAUUCCGGUAUCGAAGAAGCUUUUUCGUCCGGUAAAAGCUAUGAUCGCGAUAUUCUCGCGAGUUCCGCCGCGAAGAUUCAUGAUCCUACUAACAUAGACGUGAAAGGUAUUCUACGGUCGCGUGGAGCAACUGGUCGUUCCUAUCAAGAAAGUGGAUACAAGGCUCGUGAAAACUGGGAUACUGAUUACGACGAAGGAUUUAUAGAUCGAGAAAAAGACUACAAACAAAAGCAAUUUAAAUAUUUAGACGAAGGCAUUAGUGCCUUAAGAAUUAACAGAUCAAUGCGCAAAGGCGAGUACUUUCAUGACGUGACGAAAGAUUCUUGUGCCGUUAAAGGAAAAUGUUACGCACAGUCCGACGACGACAACAGGAAACUCACGAGCGAUUACAUUAGUUAUUAUUAUUCGUCCGAUGACUCCGAGUACCGGACUACGUACACCGAUAAGAUGGAAAUGUACGAGGACGGAUCUGUGCCACGAAGACGAAGACGAAGAAGUAGAAGAGGCAGCAGAGAGGGAGGCGCGAGUGAUUAUGAGAACCUGCGAACCAGAAACGCGUUAGACGCUCAAUCGAGAUUAACCGAAAGCAGGAGAUCGAUGACGCUUCAACGAACGGAAUCCACGCCAACUCUACACUCGGACGAGGACCUGAGCUCGAUUGCGGAUCGCGCCCGACGCAUGUACCGCCGCAAGCGAAACAGCAGCUGUCCAGAGAGCAGAGAUCUGCGAAUGCAUGGUCCGCGAGGAAACGGCGAGAGGAUGUCGAAUAUUCUGCUGGACUCCGACGAGGAGUUUGGCUCGAUGGAAACGGUAAUUGGCGCUGAUUAUUUCCGUCGUACUUCGGGCUACGCUAGAGCGAACGAUGGCGUUAGAUCGGGCUUCUUUGACGCGGAACAAGAUCGUGGUAGCUACUUAGAUGCAAGAUACGAUCACGAGGAUCGCAGUUAUCCGACAGCACGCGGGCUAGUUAGGUCAGGAUCGCAGCGUUCCUCGAUUCGCGAGGCGCGACACGUGUCGCGCACUAGGCGUAAGAGUAGUUGCCCGGAGUGUCGUGAGCUAGCACUGUCCUCCUCGGAGUUAGGUAGGUCGGGGUCGUUGUCGCGAAAGGGUGACGAUUCUCGGCGUUCAUCGUUAGACACGAAGCAUAGAUAUCGUAGGCGGAACAGCAGCUGUCCGGAGGCUAGGGAUCUCGAAAUGCUCGAGAAGAGGCAGCGUCAACAGCAACUCAUGCAGCUCCAUCAGCAGCAACGACGGUACCCGACUGAGCAGUAUCAGCAGCAACAGCAGCAGCAGCAGCAUCAGCAACCGCAGGGAAGUAGUAAGAGGAACGUGGCGAUCAGCGACACCCUCGAGUACUAUGAGUACUCGAUGGAAAGCGAGAGCCAGUGCAGCGAGAACUGCGGAUUUGGCCCGUGCGAUCCGCGUAGGCCCCGUAACCGAGCACCCCGCCCUGGUAACGCUAAUUCGAGUCUCUUUGAUUCCCAAACCGCUACCUCCGACACUGCUAAAAACUACCAUCCACGGAUCGACGAUCAUCACCACCAACACCCACAAAACACGAAAACGUCGCCGCUCGCUAAUGUCGCCGAUGUGGCGUCGACGUUCCUGCCGCCGUUACCGCCGUCGUCCUCGUCGUCGUCCGCCCGACGACGAACCCGAAAAAAAUCCUCUUACGACGUCGACGUCGUCGCCGCCGCUGGCGCCGACCGUCGCGACGACGACGACGCUCGGAAUCGUCGUUCCUCAUCUAUGCCCGAAAGCAGCGAGUACACCAGUCAGUCGAGUUCGUACGAGAAGACGUCUAGUCACCGGCAGGUCACCGACAACGGGCACAACGACCGUGACAAGAGAAGUCAGUUCACUAGGAGUCUCAGUAACGCCGAUGUGCCGCAGGACGAGAAAGACACGGGUAGUUUCAGCGAUACCGCGAUUGCAUUGAACGUUGAAGAUGCAGCGAGGAGAGGCCGUAAGAGCUCGCCGGGAAGUAAAAGCGGAAGCGGCAGCAGUAGCGGAAGCGCGGUACAGUACCAGGCGGGGGGUCUAGGCAAGAAGAGCAAUAGCACCAGCCAAUUAUCCGCGACAGAGUGCGGCGGGAUGAUCGUCAGCAUUGGUGGAAGCGCCAGCGCCGUGGCACGCACUGCCGGCUUAGCAAGCCGAAAGCGUAACAGCACGCCGGGCAGCAUACAACGAUCCGAGGAGGUCAUGCCGGCCUACCAGCGCUUUGACAACAAAUUGGCAGGAUCUGCAGCCAGCGAUACCGCCGGAAGUCUCAACUCAAUCUCUAGUUCCGAAGGAAGCUCUUGGUCUCCCAGUCUGCGAAUGGCAGGCGAAGGGCAGUUGAGAGACUUCAUCGAAGAUCUUGGACCGGGCCAAGUGGUCGGAAGGCAAGCACUUGGUGCCCGUUGCCUUGGCGAGAUUCAAUUGUCGUUGAGCCACACGAAGGGUUACCUUGAAGUAGAGGUCAUACGUGCCAAAGAUCUUAAAGCGAAACAAGGCAGCAAAGUAAUACCAGCUCCUUACGUGAAGCUGUAUCUGGUGAACGGCAAAAGAUGUAUAGAGAAAGCGAAAACCACGAUGGCCAGAAAAACAUUGGAUCCAUUUUAUCAGCAAUUGUUGGCUUUUAAAGAAAACUGCCGGGGUUGUAUAUUACAGGUGACAGUGUGGGGUGACUAUGGUCGGAUAGAGGGGAAAAAAGUGUUCAUGGGUAUUGCACAGAUCGUCUUGGAUGAGCUGGAUCUCAGUCAGAUGGUGUUCGGAUGGUACAAGCUGUUUGACACCCAAGCCCUGGUCAGUGGAGCUGCAUCCCUUGCUUUGUCCCGUCGAUCUUCGGUCACGUCUCUCGAUUCUUUUAAAAUCUAAAAGAAUGACUGCCCGAAGAACGUACAGAAAUAUUCCUUUUAUACGUAUUUUCAGAGGAAAUCUUUGAGUUUUCUUACAGUAGACAAAGUAGAGCAGACACAAAUUGAAUUCGAGCUCCUAUCGCGAUGCACCUAAUCGCUUUUAUCAUUAACAAAAUAUCGAAAUGCACGAGUCUCGAUGUACAAGAUAGUAUUACAUUUACUUUAACUGGUUAAACAAUUAGAAAAUGUAUGGAAAUUGUUAUAAACGUCUUUAAUAAUUUAAGUGACACGCAUUAGUCAUCGCUUGAUGAUAUUAUAUGUAGUAUCAAGUAAAUAUAUUAGGGGAUAGAGAAUUCUCGGAUUACCGUUACAUCUUCCAUGUAAAAGUUGAGAGAAGUAUCUAAAUAAUUCUCUAUCAUGUCGUAAUAUUACAUAUUCUUCACUACAAUUGACAGAAGUCGAGAUGAAUCUUAUACGCUCUAUGCGUAUCCUCCGUCGGCUAUUAAUGUCGAAGCCUAAAAAGCUACUUAACAGGUGACGUUCGGCUCUGAAUACGGUAAAGUCAGUUUAACGAACAUAAUACAAGGAGCGCACAGUACGAGAAGUGCGAUUGAUACGGAAUAAUAGAAAAUUCUGCGGGACUGAAAUAAAAACGAGAGAUAUGUAAGCAACGCGCAAAGGCGAUGCGAGAAUUCGCGAAAGAGUGAAAGAACGUACGAAAGGACACGUCUUUCUAGAAACACCACUAGUACAUCACAUAUCAUGUACGGCAUAUCAAACGAGCCACUAGUCUGUAUGUAGACUAGAUGUAGACUGUAGCAGCCAUGUUCCCGGAGCGCCAGAUAGUUUUAGUGAAAACAAACUAAAUCAAGCAAGUUCGGGAUAGAUGUGAAUUCAAAUGUGGUGUAUUAGAUAGAUAAGAUGUGAAACGAUCAAUGACACUUGUUUUCAGUGAAUCUAAAUGUGAUUAAGUGAGUAAGAAAUUCAUGAACAUAGUGAGAAAUAUGAAGCAACAAACAUCGGUCCACGGACUUCAUUUAAUUGGCAUGCGAGAAAGAGAGAUUAAAAGUGUUGAGACAUUUAAAACGAGAAGACAUUUCCAAACUUUGUAUAUAAUUUAGGACAGUUCAAGUACUAAAAGCCGAUCUCCGAAACGAUCGGUUAAAAAGACAUUUAUCGUUGUCAAAUUUUUAGUAAAAAAUGUCACUAUCAGAGCAUAUAUUAUUUAAUGUAAAUAUUAUAAUAACACUCUGAUAUGAGAUUUUGCGAUAUGUGCGCGCAGGUUUGAAUGGGUAAUGACGUUUACUUUAUAUUCUCGUUGACUUAUGAUUUCUACGAUGUAAUCGUCGUUAUAGUUUCGACAUAUAUUUUUCGUUAAUUAUAUAAACUCGAAUUAAUUUAACAUUUUCUAAGUUAGCAUCGGAAUAAUUAGAAUGUACGAUAAUAUAAUUAAUUACACAAUUUGUUCCCUGAAUACUGACAUUUAUUAGCUAUCGUAUUAGCACAUGUUACUUGGCUUUUUAAAUAUCAUUUAGUAAUCUAUGUCCAAAAGAAUAAGGUAAUUAUUAUGACAUAGAAAAUAUGGAGCAGGAAUAUGUACCAUAUUUCUCAAGUACGAAGCAGACUGAUAAAUCGAUUCCUACACAUCUACUUUGGAUCUUUAUGUUGAAUUAGCAAUCUCGAAGUCAGAAUGAAAACGCUAUACCCGAACAGUUACGAAUUAGCUUCGUUUAAAAGAUUUUAUUUGGAGAUUUUAUUCAUACGUAUAAAAACCAGUGUUUUGAAACAAAUUGAGGAAACAAACCGCCCAUAUUACUCGCGUAAACGGGACGCGUCACGGCAAAAAUUCUCUUUCGUACUGAUUUUUGUACAAAAAACAGUGAAAUGCCAUUAAAUAUUUAAGAGGCUUUAUAAAUCUCUGUAAGAAGCGCAUAAAAGAAAUGCUUGCAAUUAAUUUUAUAUCUUAAUUAAUCAUGCUAUGUGUUCGAUCUUUCUUCGUGCGUACCUCGAACACUCGCGAAGAUAUAUUCAGCGAGCAUGCACAUGCACGUCUACUGUGAAUUAGUAAAUAAUUACAUUUGUGCUCUCUGAAAAGGAAAGAAGGAGAAAGAGUGAGUGAGAGAAAAAAAGAAAAAUUGAGAGAGAGAGAGAGAGAGAGAGAGAGAGAGAGAGAGAGAGAGAGAGAGAGAGAGAGAGAGAGAUUGAAAGAAAGAAAGAGAAAGAACAUUAUAUUUUUUGUGAAGUUUUGGCAUGUAAACUCCGUGUAAAAUACCAACAUUUUAAUUAUAGUAUAUAAGAUUUGGAAGAACGAAGGAAAGUGUUUGAUGGGAAGCGAGUUUUCAAUAUUUUUCAAACAUUGCGAUUUGCGUAAUAUAUUUGUAUAACAAUUUAGAUGCACUUUUGCGAAUCGAUAUGUUAAGCGAAUACUAAAAUUGCUGCGCGAAUUUUCUUUGUGAGUCUCGUUAAUCUUUCAUGAGCUUUUUAUGUGACAUGCUUUGGAUUAUGAACCAUAUCGUAUAGUUGGAAGGUACUCCUUGGAUAUUACCGAUAAUAUUGACAAAUGGAAUGCAAGCUUCAAUACAUAUGGCUGUAUUACGUAUAUUUUUGUAAAUUUCCGAUUUGCUAUAAAAAUUUGCUAGGGAUAUAGGUUCGAAUGUAGAAAAAUUUCUAUAAUUCGUACUUGAAUCGUUAAAGUCAUUCGCAACACUAACGACGAUCUCUUGUCAUGAUUCUGAACUAUUAUUGACCAAGUACAAUAUUAUGUUUUGCAAUUUUGGAAUGAUUGUCUCAUUCACACUCGCGUUUCCGCUCUCCAUUAUAUCAAUAUUUGUACGCGAUUCGCGAUGCGAUUUUUGUGAGAAUCGAGAAUUAUACAAGCGCGGAGUUGGAUACGCGUACUGAGAUUAUAUCGAAAAUGCCAUCGAAAUACAUGCAGUCCGUCGUUAAGUGAGUUAUGACGUAAGACUUAGCUUAGAAUUUGACGAACGAGUAUUGUUAAUUUACAGAUGAGCUGUGUAGAUGUCACCGAUAAUCCGAUUGUUCACAAUAAAUCCUAAGUAACUUUCUCGUAAUCGGGAGGACCGGUCGAGCUUUAGGGAACGAAGGGAAUUGUAUAAAAGAGUGGUAUCUUAUCAUAUCUAUAACAUGCUUAAAUUAGAGGCGUACAGUAAAAAGAAAGAAGCUUUUUUACUCGUGAGAAAACAAAGGAUACAGAAAACGUAGAGUUCUAUUCCAAAACAAAAAGAUGUAUAUGUAAAGUACUGUGACAAAAAAAAA